AUGUUAGGUUUAUUUACAUAUAUUUGUGAACUCAAGAAAGAAAUUUUAGUGGGUUUAUCACUGUCUAUAAUAUAUGUAACCUAUUAUCUUGUGGAAGCAGUCAAGAAACCAGUAUUAAUAUGCCGUAAAGGUGAAUUCCAUGAGUUUCUAGAAGAAAAUGUUCCUCUGCUAAAAGAGCAUUACUGGCCAACACCAUGGUGUGUGGAAUCUCGCCUCCAGACAGUUGUAGGCUCAAUAAUACGUACACGGAUAUUAUCACCUGUACAGUACAGAAGAGAAGUGUUGACUCUGUCUGAUGGUGGCCAAGUCGCUUUAGACUGGGCAUUGGCAGCAGAAGAGGCAGCGGGGGUGACAGAGGGGGGCGAUGGAACAGGAGUGCUUUUGGUGUUGCCAGGCAUCACGGGCGAUGCGCGCGCCGACUACGUGCGCUGUUUGGUAGCGGCCGCGGUGCAACUGCGGCUGCGAUGCGUUGUUGUCAAUUAUAGGGGCCUUGGUGGACUUCCACUUACGACUCCACGGUUAUACUGCGCAGUGAGUCACUCUGAUCUAGCGGAGGCUGUGCGUGCUAUAGAGAAACAGACGUCUGGGCCGCUAGUGGCGACAGGAGUGUCGUUGGGCGGGCUCAUACUGACGCAAUACUUAGCCGCAUCCGCUGAAAAAACGAGAUUACACGCCGCCUUGGUGGUUUCAUCGCCGCUAGAUGUCGUGCGAGGUUCGGAAUGCAUCGAACGGUGGCCGUUAAACGCACUACUAUCUUACCACAUAGCACGUAAUCUCCGACGCGCUGUCGGCGCUAUGAGAGCUUUAGGGGCAGCGCUAGAUUGGACAGCGCUCGAGCAGUGUCGGUCUGUUCGCCAAUUCGAUUCGAUAUUCACCGCUCCCCACUUCGGUUUCCCGAGUGUAGACGACUAUUACCGAGAGGCGACUUUACGCGGGAAACUGACGCGUGUACGCGUGCCGCUGUUAUGCUUAUGCGCAGCCGAUGACCCCUUCCAGCCGCUAGAGGUGAUACCUACGGCGGAAGCGGCAGAAAGUGAACGAGUUGCUUUAGCGGUGACAGCGCGCGGGGGCCAUAUUGGUUUCCUAGAAGGAUGGUGGCCGGCUGCCCCCCCUCAUCAACAUUACGUAUCACGACUGGCCGUACAAUACUUCGGUGCUUUACUCAAACGCCCUCGCCUACUAAAGAUAUCCAAUAAUAACUAA